AUGGAAGAAAUCGGAGUGAAUGGAAAAGACAAAAUUAAUAAGGAUGAUGAAUUCCACGUUCGAACAUACUAUAACUAUAAAACAGUUUCUGAAAAUCGAGAUGGAAAUAAAGAAAAUUCUAAUUUAGAAUUUUUCAAAAUAAAAAAAAAAGAGGAUCGUUUUUUAUGGUUUGAAAAACCUUUUGUAACUCUAGUUUUCGAUUAUAAAAGAUGGAAUAGACCAAAUCGAUAUAUAAAAAAUGAUAAAAUUGAAAAUACUGUAAGAAAUGAAAUGUCACAAUAUUUUUUUUAUACAUGCCAAAGUGAUGGAAAAGAACGAAUAUCUUUUACAUAUCCCCCCAACCUUUCAACUUUUUUUGAAAUGAUACAAAAAAAGAUCCCUUCAUUUACAACAGAAAAAAAAACCUCGGAUCAAGUUUAUACUUGUUGGAGUUUGGUCAAUGAAGAAAAAAAGGAAAAUUUAAAAAACGAAUUUUUAAAUAGAAUUGAAGCUUUAGAUAAAAAAGGGUCUAUUGAAAAUAUACUGGAAAAAACAACUCGAUUUUGUCAUAACGAAACUCAAAAAGAAUAUUUACCUAAAAUUUAUGAUCCAUUUUUACAUGGGAUUUCGCGCGGAAGAAUCAAAAAAUUAUCUCCGUUCCAAAUCAUAACCAAAACCUAUAAAAAAAAGAAUAUAAGAGGAUCUUGGAUAAACAAAAUUCAUGCUAUACUUCUGAAGAUUAAUUCUCAAAAAUUUGAGCAAACAAUAGAAAAAUUUAAAAGAAAGUCUUUAUCAAUAGAGAAAAAACUUUAUUUUUUUUCCGAACCCCAAGAAGAAAAAAUUCAGUCAGAAGAAGAAAUAAAAAUUUUCAAAAUUUUAUUUGAUGUCGUUAUAAUUUAUAAUAAUGAUCAAACUCUUAUAAAAAAUUUUAUUGAUUUCCAUGAAAUCAAUAAACAAGUUCCUCAAUGGUCAUACAAAUUAACAAGUGAAUUGGAAGAAUUGGAAGCUGAAACUGAAGAAAAUAUACCAACCGAACCUGGAAUUCGUUCAAGAAAAGCAAAACGUGUAGUGGUUUUUACUGAUUUAAAAGAACCGCAUAACGAGAUUUAUACUAAUCUCAAAGAUAAUCAAAAUUCUGAUCAAACAGAUGAAAUGGCUUUGAUCCGUUAUUCACAACAAUCUGAUUUUCGUCGAGAGAUAAUUAAAGGAUCCAUGCGUUCCCAAAGGCGUAAAACUGUUAUUUGGGAAUUUUUGCAAGCAAAAGCACAUUCGCCCCUUUUUUUUGAUAGAAUAGAUAAAUUUUUUUUUUUUCGUUUGAUAUAUGGGGGCUAAAAAAAAAAAUUCUUAGAAAUUUCAUGUGGAAAAAAAAAAUUUUUUUUGAUAAAAACGAAGAAGAACAAUCAAAAAAAGAAGAACAAAGACGUAUAGAAAUUGCGGAAACUUGGGAUAGCUUCUUAUUUGCUCAAAUAAUAAGAGGUUUUAUUUUAGUAACUCAAUCUAUUCUUAGAAAAUAUAUUAUAUUACCUUUAUUGAUAAUAAUUAAAAAUAGCAUCCGUAUCGUAUUAUUUCAACUUCCCGAGUGGGAAGAGGAUUUAAAGGAGUGGAAACGUGAAAUGCAUGUUAAAUGUACUUAUAAUGGGGUUCAACUAUCCGAAACAGAAUUUCCACGAAACUGGUUAACGGAUGGUAUUCAGAUAAAAAUCCUAUUUCCGUUUUAUCUUAAACCUUGGCAUAAAUAUAAAUUUCAAUCAUCUCAGAAGGCUCGACUAAAAAAAACAAAAGGAGAAAAAAAUGAUUUUCGUUUUUUAACAGUUUGGGGGCUGGAAACUGACCUACCUUUUGGUUCUACCAAACCAAAGCCUUCUUUUUUUAAACCUAUUUUUAAAGAAUUAAAAAAAAGAAUCAAAAAAUCCAAAACGAAGUCUUUUCCGGUUUUAAGGAUUUUCAAAGAAAGAGCAACAAUUUUCCUAAAAGUCGAAAAAGAAAUUAAAAACUGGAUUAUAAAAAACUUGCUUUUUCUAAAAGAAAAAAAAAAAAACCUUUCAAAACGAAAUAGAAUUCCAUUAGUUGGCCCGAGAGAAAUAUAUGAAUUAAAUGAAACUAAAAAAGAUUCAAUAAUGAGUAAUCAGAUGAUUCAUGAACUAUCUGUUCAAAAAAAAUCGACGGAGUGGCCAAAUUCUUCACUCAGCGAAAACAAAAUAAAAAAUGUGAUUGAUAAAAUAAAGACAAUCAGAAAUCAAACGAAAAAAAUUUCAAAAGAAAAAGAAAAACUAACUAAUAGUUGUAACAAACUGUGUUAUGAUUCUAAAAUAAUUGAGUCAUCAAAAAAAAGUUGGCAGACAUUAAAAAAAAAAAAAACUCGAUUAAUUCGUAAAUCUUUUUUUUUUUUCAAUUUUGCGUUGAACAACUGUCUAUUUCUAUUUUUCUAGGUAUUAUUAAUAUUCCAAGAAUUACUACACAACUUUUUGUUGAUUCAACAAAAAAAAUUCUUGAUGUAUAUAUUUACAAGAAUGAGGAAAAUGGAGAAAAAAAAAAAAAAAAAAAUACCAUUUAUUUUAUUUCGACUAUAAAAAAUUUCAUAUCAAAAAAAAAUUUUUUUAGUUAUGACUUAUGCUCUUUAUCACAAGCAUAUGUAUUUUACAAAUUAUCACAAAUUCAAGUUAGUAACUUUUCUAAAUUAAAGUCUUUUUUUGAAUAUAACAUAUACAUAACAUCCUUUUUUGUUAAGAAUCAAAUAAAAGAUUUUUUUAAAGAACAAGGAAUCUUUCAUUAUGAAUGGAAAGAUAAAACCCUUUUAAAUUCCGAAAUAAAUCAAUGGAAAAACUGGUUACGAAGUCAUUCUCAAUAUAAUUUACCUCAGAUUGCAUGGGCUAGAUUAGUAACCCAAAAAUGGAAAAAAAAACUAAACCAAGACUCUCUAGUUCUAAAUCCAAGUUUAAACAAAGUGGAUUCAUACGAAAAAAAAAUUUUUGAUAAUUACAAAAAACAAAAUUUUUGUGAGGCUAACUUAUUUUUCAAUCCAAAACAUAAACAGAAUUUCAAAAAGGAUUCUAUAUAUAAUCUUUUUUGCUACAAAUCUAUUCAUUCUACAGAAAAAUUUUUUGAUAUGUCUACAGGCCUAGAAAAUUUUUUAAUCUCUUGUUUUCUAGAAAAAUAUAAUAUUCGCAGUAUAGGGGAAAUUUUGCAUAGAAAAUAUUUGGAUUGGAGAAUUCUCAACUUUUGGUUUAGAAAAAAAGUAAAUAUUGAGCUUGAUACUAGGAGUAAAAAAAAUAUAUUAAAACUAAAGUUAAGAAUUAUAAAAGAAUUUAUAAAAUAACUAAGACGAGUCUUGCCAAUCAAAAAAUAAAUUUUUUUGAUUGGAUGGGAAUGAAUGAAGAAAUACUAAAUCCUCGUAUAACAAAUUUUGACUUUUUUUUCUUUCCAGAAUUUUUCUUAUUUUCUAGUACAUAUAAAAUGAAACCGUGGGUCAUACCAAUUAAAUCACUUCUUUUCAAUUUUAAUGAAACAAAAAAUGUGAAUAAACAGAUCACCCUAAAGAAAAAAGGUUUUAUACCA